GACACUUCCCCCAUCCUGACGUCAGCUGGAUGUGUGAUUUUUCUUUCCCAUCCCAGCCUCAAACUGACGCAUUUACAUAUCAGCUCUUCAGAAGCAACUUGAGGCUCAGGUAUGUGUACCUAAGCACCCACACGUCCACACAAGAACACCAAUCAAUAUGCUGCCUGAGACUCUCCUCCUGCAGUGAUGUCUGCCUUCAGCCCUCCCACCCCUCUCGUUUGUGUGCUGCUGUGUGUGUCGGUGGCUCUGCAUCGCUCUGACCUGCGUCUGGCUUAUGUGACCCACAACAGCUUUUUCUACUACUCAUGCAGCCAGGACCCGCAACCAUGCAGCGUCUCAUCACUUACAGACUGCAGAUGCAAGGACAUCCAGCUUUCCAUGCUGCACCGGCCCCAGUCGCACUCGUCUCCCGUUUUCCGCAUGAGGCGUUUAACUGUUUGGUUCACGUCGCCAUUAAACACAGCACGUCUCCUCAACAACUCGGAGGUGAGGCACCUCACCCUGAUCCAUUGUUGCCCUGGAGGAUCUAGAGAAACACCUUCUUCCCUGGAGGGACAUUUUGCUGUGCAGCACCUGGAGAGGCUGACGGUGGUGAACUGUCCAGACGCAAACAGAGCCAAGAGCACAGACUCCAACAAUGGCCCAGGCAGGGAUGGUGGUGCUCACCUUGACACAAAUACAUUAAACAGGGAUGAAGACACAAACCUGGACCUGAUUGUGGACAUGGAGAGAGAUUCCUUGGCUUUGUCCUCACCCCAGAUCCAAGACAUCUUCCUGGGGAGGGAGCUGGGAGCAGCGUUUCAUGAACAGGCCAGACUGGCAAUCAUCCACAGCUCCGUGCUGGAGUGGGGAGCAGUAGUCAAAGCCUACACAGUUCAAACACACAUAGGCGAUGACGGCAUGCUGCCUUUCCCUGACCUCCACCUGCCAAAAUUACCAGAGACAUCUGUCAUAUAUGUCAGCUUUGUAUACUGAUACCAGGUUACUUUUGAGCCGUGAAGGAGAGAACAACGGGAAGAAGAUGAUCCGGUGUUUGGCUCCUGUAAACAAUCACUUUCUUGCUCACCAGAGAUAAAUGCGUUUAGGAAUCUGGGGUCUUUCU